CCAAACGUCUUUUUCUCUCGCACGCGCGUGAGCUUCCCACGUGUGAUCAAGAGCGCGAUGCAAACGCUCCUUCUCCCCCGCCCCGCUCUCCACUCCCUCCGCCAGCCGCCGCCGCCGCCGCCACACCCUGCCGCUUGCCGGCCCCAAAUCCUCGCCCCCUCUUCAGUGCCCUCUUCUCUAUCCUCUCACCGCCUCCGAUGCCCCUCGCCUCUUCUCCUGCCUCGACCUUUUCCCUCCUUCUCUCCUCUUCGCGCCGCCCCUGCAUCUCCCCCUCCUUCCGGGUUCUCAGCUCCUGAUGAAGACUCUGAGAAAGCCAAGCUCUCUUUGGUUUCUAAGAGGUUGGAGAGUACCUCUAGAUACUUCAAGCGAUUGGGUAGUUUAGGGUUUUGGGGACAGCUAGUGUGCACUGUUGUGGCCGCGGGGAUCUUAUCAUUCUCUGCAGUUAUUACUGGGAAGGUUACUUCACCAGCCACAUUUUAUGCCACUGCUGGUGGUAUUGCUGCAGCAUUUGUAUCUGUCUUUUGGUCUUUUGGUUACAUCCGCCUGUCUGAAAGACUUCGAAGAACCGCCAAUGAACCUUCAAAGGCCCCUCCUCGGGCUGAAGUUGUUAAAAGCUUGAAAAAUGGCAUAGUAGUUAAUCUUCUUGGAUUGGGUGCUGCCAUAAUUGGGAUGCAAGCAACAGUUGGAUUAUUGGUUGCAAAGGCCCUUACUACGUCAGCAGUUCCAUAUUACCAAGGAAUACCCCCUGGACAGAGUCCUGUUUUAGCCCUAGAUGUUUUCUUGGUGCAGGCAUCGGCCAACACUAUACUGUCGCACUUCUUGGGACUUGUUUUCUCCUUGGAACUCCUACGUUCCGUUACAUUGCCAAAUUUGGAAGCCAUUCCAAUCCCUAGAGCUGCAUAGCUUUCUGCUUUUCGGAACUGCUUCUCAGUGACCACUCAAAGUUAUUAUUCUCGUAUGGUGUCGGUUUAUCAUCAUAAUGCAAGUUUACUUUGUUCCAGACAUGGGAGUUACUUUGCUGCCUGUUAAGUGGUGUACUACUAUGAGAAUUUUUGAAGUAAACGUUGUUUGGAUUGAUUGAUAAAACAGUGUAUAUGAGCUUUUCCAGAUGGGUAUAUUUUGUAAGAAUGCCAACUGAUGUUCAUGGACCAAAUAAGUAGUUACAUUUCAUUCAUUGAGGAACUUGGAUCUCAAGAAAAGGAAUUAUAUGCCAAUUUCUGCCAUGAGCCA